AUGCGGCAAGGACAAUGUCGACCCGACUCUUCAACCAUUCGCAUCGAUCCUCUGACGCUGUCCAACACAUUGACACAGUUGGAUAUCUCCUGUCACCGCAUGACCGACUUCACAUUCCUGAACAAACUACCAGCAUUGCGCAAGCUACGCAUUCAAUUCAGAGAAGACUAUGAGCGAGGCACUGAUGAUUAUUUGCAUCCAAACACAGAGCACCGCUUUGCUCAGGCGUAUGCAGCCAACACUACGAUCAAGAAGAUCAAACUAUUGAAAGCUAUCGAGGUUGAACACGCAGACAUGAUCGCGUCCAAUCCCAAUCUGGAACGAUUCGAUGUGCCCCAGGAUCAGCGCUUCAAAGUCAUCAACACGACGCUGAGGCAUCUCAAGGUGACGCGCUAUGGUAAGAAAUGGUACAUUAUGUCUGAUGAUGAUAUUUCCCGGGUGUUCCUGGCCCUGGAAACAAUCGAGAAUUCAUACGAGACAAUCUGGAUUAAGUAA